ACAUGUUGGCCAGCUUUUCAUACCAAUAUCAUUAAAAUUCUGUCAGUGAGGUGAAAACAGUGCAUAACUUCAAUGGUAGUGACUGUGUUUUACUAAAAAUAUUGUGCAAUUUUUGCAAAUGAAUGCAUUCAUGCUAUACCCCGCCGGCCGGUGCAAAAUCAAUGAUUUGAUGAAAUUUACUUCAAAUGUGUGAUCUUUGUCUAUAUCAAUAAUGGCGGAGGGCAACGGAGAAGUUUCAUUAGAAGAUAUUAAAGUUGAUAUUGACAGCAGUGGGGGUGGAGAUGUUGAAAGAACGGAGGAUUACUCCAAAUUAAUUGAGUAUGGACUGGACGAAAAGGUUGCUGGAAAGUUGGAUGAAAUAUAUAAAACAGGAAAAUUGGUUCAUGCAGAUCUCGAUGCACGAGCAUUAGAUGCGCUUAAAGAGUUUCCAGUCGAUGGCGCUUUGAAUGUUCUUGGACAAUUCUUGGAUUCGAAUUUAGAACAUGUUAGUAAUAAAUCAGCAUACCUAUGUGGUGUUAUGAAAACAUAUAGACAAAAAAGUAGAGCUGGAGCAACUCAAGGACCUAGUGUACCAGCUCCUGCGCCAAUAAAAGGACCGGAUGAGGAAAAAAUUAAACAAAUAUUAGAAAGAACUGGUUAUACUUUAGAUGUUACAACUGGGCAACGUAAAUAUGGGGGUCCACCUCCUGGAUGGGAAGGUCCAACUCCUGGUAAUGGUUGUGAAGUUUUUUGUGGAAAAAUUCCUAAGGAUAUGUAUGAAGAUGAAUUGAUUCCGUUGUUUGAAAAUUGUGGAACGAUUUGGGAUUUAAGAUUAAUGAUGGAUCCCAUGACUGGAACAAAUCGUGGAUAUGCUUUUGUAACAUUUACAACUAGAGAAGCUGCACAACAAGCUGUUAAAGAGCUCGAUAAUCACGAAAUCAAACCCGGCAAGAGUCUGAAAAUUAACAUUAGUGUUCCGAAUCUACGACUUUUUGUGGGCAACAUACCAAAGUCUAAAGGCAAAGAGGAGAUACUGGACGAAUUUGGUAAAUUAACAGCGGGCUUGAUGGAGGUAAUCAUAUACAGCUCACCAGAUGACAAGAAGAAGAAUCGCGGUUUUUGUUUUUUGGAGUACGAGUCCCAUAAAGCGGCUUCUUUAGCUAAAAGAAGACUUGGCACUGGUAGAAUUAAAGUUUGGGGUUGCGAUAUUAUUGUGGAUUGGGCUGAUCCCCAAGAAGAACCUGAUGAACAGACUAUGAGUAAAGUUAAAGUUUUAUACGUUCGUAAUCUUACGCAAGACAUCAGUGAAGAAAAGCUUAAAGAAGCUUUUGAGGCAUAUGGAAAAGUAGAACGUGUCAAAAAAAUUAAAGAUUAUGCGUUUAUACAUUUCGAAGAUCGAGAUAAUGCAGUUAAGGCUAUGCAAGGAUUAGAUGGCAAAGAAAUGGGUGGCUCAAAUAUUGAAGUAUCAUUGGCAAAACCUCCGUCCGAUAAAAAAAAGAAAGAAGAAAUUUUAAGAGCACGCGAACGACGAAUGAUGCAAAUGAUGCAAGUUCGUGGAGGGUGCUCACCUGUAUUACCUAGCAUGAUGAGUGGUGGAGGUAUAGCUGGACGUGGUCCAGGUGCUGGUCCGCGGGCAGCACCUGGUGCAAUGCGAGGUCCAAUGGGUCGUGGCGAUUAUGAUUAUGAUUACGACUAUUACGGGUAUGGGGACUAUCGAGGCGGCUACAGUGAUCCUUAUUAUGAUGAUUAUUACCGUUACGAAGAUUUUUACUUUGAUUAUCCUCCGCCUGCCGUGGCAACGAAUGCCCCACGUGGAGGCCGAGGGGGCAGACAGCCUCAGCCGGAUAUUGAAGAUGCUACAUCCAUUUAUUUCGAGAUGUCUGGAGAAACUAAUGGACCUCAAAAUCAGGGUGGUCGUGGGCGUGGAGCGGCGGGGGCUCGUGGCCGGGCCGGUGGGCCGCCAGUGGCGGGGGGCCGUGGGGCCAGCCGGGGGGCACGACCGGGAGGCGCGGCGGGGGCCCGUGGCAGACAGGCCGUCCCUCCCCGUGGCCCACCUCAGCAGCAGCAGCGCAACGCCAAAAGUUUACCAGGUAAGCGAAAACUGGACGGGGGCAAUCAAAACCAGGGGGAUUCAAAGCGACGCUAUCAACAAGGUGGCUGGGGCAGCGCUCCAUUGGCACAGCAGCCGCUUGGUGGGUUAAAUGGCGGAGGGGAUCAAGCAGCAUGGCAUCAGGACUCAUAUCAAUCUUGGAGCUAGAUGUGUCCACGCCCAUCCGUGUGUUCCAAUCAACCAUUGUAUAUAACAACCGUAGAAAGUAGAAAAAAAAAAAACGGCCCCUAGCAGCCAAAUGUGAGGCGGUGUCCCUAACUCGCGUUAACAUCAUCCAUUUGUCCAUCAGUAUCAUCGCUCUUAAAAAAAAUCCCUUUCUCGUACCCCCCGCAGCAUAUUUUUUUUUAAUAAUUUGUUAAUUU